CAACCGAGGCUAUAGCUGAGAGGAGAGCAACCGAGGCUAUAGCUUUGAGUACAGCAACCAAGGCUAUAGCUUUGAGUACAGCAACCGAGGCUAUAGCUGAGAGUACAGCAACCGAGGCUAUAGCUGAGAGUAGAGCAACCGAGGCUAUAGCUGAGAGUAGAGCAACCGAGGCUAUAGCUGAGAGUAGAGCAACCGAGGCUAUAGCUGAGAGUAGAGCAACCGAGGCUAUAGCUGAGAGUAGAGCAACCGAGGCUAUAGCUGAGAGUAGAGCAACCGAGGCUAUAGCUGAGAGUAGAGCAACCGAGGCUAUAGCUGAGAGUAGAGCAACCGAGGCUAUAGCUGAGAGUAGAGCAACCGAGGCUAUAGCUGAGAGUAGAGCAACCGAGGCUAUAGCUGAGAGUAGAGCAACCGAGGCUAUAGCUGAGAGUAGAGCAACCGAGGCUAUAGCUGAGAGUAGAGCAACCGAGGCUAUAGCUGAGAGUAGAGCAACCGAGGCUAUAGCUGAGAGUAGAGCAACCGAGGCUAUAGCUGAGAGUAGAGCAACCGAGGCUAUAGCUGAGAGUAGAGCAACCGAGGCUAUAGCUGAGACAACUGAGGCUAUAGCUUUGUGUACAGCGAUCGGGGCUGUAGCUUUGUGUACAGCGACCGAGGCUAUAGCUUUGAGUACAGCGACCGAGGCUAUAGCUUUGAGUACAGCAACCGAGGCUAUAGCUUUGAGUACAGCAACCGAGGCUAUAGCUGAGAGUACAGCAACCGAGGCUAUAGCUGAGAGUACAGCAACCGAGGCUAUAGCUGAGAGUACAGCAACCGAGGCUAUAGCUGAGAGUACAGCAACCGAGGCUAUAGCUGAGAGUACAGCGACCGAGGCUAUAGCUUUGAGUACAGCAACCGAGGCUAUAGCUUUGAGUACAGCAACCGAGGCUAUAGCUGAGAGUACAGCAACCGAGGCUAUAGCUGAGAGUACAGCAACCGAGGCUAUAGCUGAGAGUACAGCAACCGAGGCUAUAGCUGAGAGUACAGCAACCGAGGCUAUAGCUGAGAGUACAGCGACCGAGGCUAUAGCUUUGUGUACAGCGACCGGGGCUAUAGCUGAGAGUACAGCGACCGAGGCUGUAGCUGCGAGUACAGCGACCGAGGCUGUAGCUGCGAGUACAGCGACCGGGGCUGUAGCUGCGAGUACAGUGACCGGGGCUGUAGCUGCGAGUACAGUGACCGGGGCUGUAGCUGCGAGUACAGUGACCGGGGCUGUAGCUGCGAGUACAGUGACCGGGGCUGUAGCUGCGAGUACAGCGACAGGGGCUGUAGCUGCGAGUACAGCGACCGGGGCUGUAGCUGCGAGUACAGCGACCGGGGCUGUAGCUGCGAGUACAGCGACCGGGGCUGUAGCUGCGAGUACAGCGACAGGGGCUGUAGCUGCGAGUACAGCGACAGGGGCUGUAGCUGCGAGUACAGCGACCGGGGCUGUAGCUGCGAGUACAGCGACCGGGGCUGUAGCUGCGAGUACAGCGACCGGGGCUGUAGCUGCGAGUACAGCGACCGGGGCUGUAGCUGCGAGUACAGCGACCGGGGCUGUAGCUGCGAGUACAGCGACCGGGGCUGUAGCUGCGAGUACAGCGACCGGGGCUGUAGCUGCGAGUACAGCGACCGGGGCUGUAGCUGCGAGUACAGUGACCGGGGCUGUAGCUGCGAGUACAGCGACCGGGGCUAUAGCUGAGAGUACAGCAACCGAGGCUAUAGCUGAGA